AUGGUAUGGUUCCCUGAAGAGGAAACUAAGGUGAAGAAUAUGGAGAUGAAGUUUUUCUCUUUUUAUGCCAUUGCAGCUGCACUUCUUGUGUUAGCCAACUUUGGGAUUAUGCACAUAAGUGGUCAGAGCGCUUCGUGCCUGAACCAGCUUGCUCCAUGCCUCAGUUACCUGAAUGGAACAAAGGAAGUACCUCAAGUGUGCUGUAACCCUCUAAAAUCAGUGAUAAAGAACAAUCCAGAGUGCUUGUGCCGUAUGAUUAGUAACCGAGGGAGUUCAAAAGCCGAACGAGCUGGCAUCAAUGUCAAUGAUGCUCAAAUGUUGCCUGCCCGAUGUGGAGAACACGUCAAUCCCCUUGCCUGCUUGACUCGAUCUCGAGGAUCUACAAACUCAGACCGAAGUUCCUCCGGUGGCAACUCAAUUUCUCACUCAUAUUGGAUGCAAACAUUAGCUUUAGCAACCACCUUGUUCUGGUUCACCAAUUUUGUGCCCGGUAUACUUGAGGGGAGAGUUGACCAGAUAUCGUCGUCCUCUAUUCCUCUCUUGUGCGGAUCGAACAGGCGAUCAUCGGGAAAAAUGGGAGGGAUGUUGUACAAGCUCUUCGCCUCGGCGUCGCUGCUAACCCUCGGAUUGUAUCAUCUCGUUUGCACUUUCUUCCAUGUUCUCAAGACUCCUCAAUCCUACGCCGCCAAGCCUUUCUACGCUCUUCCCCGUUCCUCCACCGCCGGUAAUAACCACCACCGCCUCCAAAAUCUACCCUUGAUCAUCCUCAUAGUCUCCCUUUUCGUCGCUUUCCUCCACCAAACCCUCAUCUCCUUCUACUCCGAUCCUCUUGUCAAAGGAAGUACCCCCGUUCACCGAUUCUCCUCCCUUAAUUCCGCCGCCGUGUUCUUCCUCUUCCUCCUCAUCGCCGUCUACCUCCUUCUCUCGGAAUCCGCCUCCUUAAUCCCUCUUCCCUCCGAUCUCCUCUUCGCACUCGCCUCCGGAGGUUUCUUCCUCCAUUACUCCUCCGCCUCGUCGUCGGCCUCAAUCCAGACAUCGGAACUCCAGGCUCACUGCGAUUCCCUCUCCGCCCGCAUCUCCGCCUUAUGCUCCCUCCUCUGUUUGCUCCUCGCUUGCCGCCCCAGACUCUUUAUCGCCGACGCUGCUCUCGCUGCUGCCAUUUGCCUGCAGGGUCUCUGGCAGCUUCAGACCGGACUCUCUCUGUACGUCGAUGGCUUCAUUCCCGAGGGAUGUCAUCGUCUUCUUGAUGUUUCGAGCGGCGUUGAAGGAUCAACCCAGUGUGAUAUACAGGAGUCGAAGCUAAGAGCUGUCUCCAUCUUGGAUCUCAUGUUCACUGUCCACGUCGUGCUUGUCGUCAUCCUCCUCUUUGUUACCUACACGAUGGUGGCGAUGGCUGCGGGAGUGCGAAGAACCGGUUCUUACGAGGCUUUGCCAACCAAUUCUAAUGAUUCUAAUCACAUUCAGAUGAAGUCCAAACUUGGUGAAAGACAGAGAAAAAAGAAUUUGCGCCGAAAACGUGAAAGAGGCUGUGACAACAACGCAAGCAGUAGCUUAGGGAGUCCCAUGUCAAAGAAGGUAAAACAAGAGGGAGUCCAAGAUUUUGAGGCAGAAGACGAUUAA